AUGGAAUUAGUCGUCCGGUUCAAUUCAGAACUCUCAAACCGGUUUCUUCAAAACUUGCUGCUCCUGCCCCACUUUUCCUUCUUCCCUUCACUAUAUAUACAUCAAAAUUUUGAUAACAAUAACACUUCAUAUUCAUGCUUAUUUUCAGUUUCUCUCCUUCUAACCCUCAUUAUAUACUACCUAUUUCUCAACCAAGAGCCUAUUUAUAGAUCUCCUGCAAUGGCACUAAAUGAGCAAAAGGGCAAGGAUGAUAUCCCAGAAAGUCAAUAUCAGAAAGGAGUGAAGCAGUUGUGUGAGAAAGGUCAUCUUAAUGCAGUACCUAAAAAUUACAUACUUCCUGUUUCCGAAAGACCCACCAAGAGUAGUGUGGAAGAUACAAAUGUUGUGAAGCAAAAUCUUCAGUUACCCAUCAUUGAUUUUGCCGAAUUGCUUGGUCCAAAUAGGCCCCAAGUCCUUCAAUCCCUAGCCAAUGCUUGUCAACAGUAUGGAUUUUUCCAGCUGGUAAAUCAUUGCAUGUUGGAGGAUGUUGUGAGGAGCAUGAUAGAUGUGAGUGGUAGGUUCUUCGAUCUCCCUUUAGAGGAGAGAGCUAAGUACAUGACAACUGAUAUGCGAGCACCGGUUCGAUGUGGGACCAGCUUCAGCCAAACCAAAGACACUGUGUUGUGUUGGAGGGAUUUCUUGAAACUUCUGUGCCAUCCCUUACCAGAUUUCCUCCCCCAUUGGCCUGCUUCACCAGUGGACUUUCGGAAAGUGGUGGGCACCUACGCAGAAGAAACCAAACAUUUGUUCCUGGUGGUAAUGGAUGCCAUCCUAGAGAGCUUAGGAAUCAUGGAAGACAAUAUUCUGAAAGACUUUGAAAAUGGGAGCCAAAUGAUGGUAGCCAAUUUCUACCCAGCAUGCCCUCAACCAGACCUUACACUUGGGAUACCCCCUCACUCCGAUUAUGGCUUCCUCACUCUUCUCCUACAAGACGAGGUAGAAGGCUUGCAAAUCCAACACCAAGACAAAUGGAUCACUGUUCAACCCAUUCCCAAUGCCUUCGUUGUCAAUGUUGGUGAUCACUUAGAGAUAUAUAGCAAUGGAAAAUACAAGAGCGUAUUGCAUAGAGUUGUGGUGAAUGAAGCUAAGAGUAGGGUGUCGGUGGCUUCGCUGCAUAGCCUUCCAUUCAACUGCACGGUGAGACCGUCGCCAAAACUCGUUGACGAAGCGAAUCCCAAGCGUUACAUGGACACUGAUUUUAGGACCUUUCUUGCGUACGUAUCCUCCAGAGAGCCUAAAAAAAAGGAUUUCCUGGAGUCUAGAAAAGUUGCAUUAAAUUGAUAUAUAUCAGACCAAAAUAAAGAAACAUGAAUUACGGAUAUAAUUAGUUGAAGUGAGGGAGACAACAUGCAACAUCAAUCAUGGUUUAACUUUGAAUGUCUAUGAUUCAUGAAUUACAGUCUUGCGGUCUUUCCUUUGUCUUGUUCUAUUACUGUUAUGUGUGUAGUGUGUGAGUGUGAUCAGUCUCUCGCUGAUCUUCUCCGUACGCCUGAGUUAUUGAAUAAAAUUUUGGAAAUUGUGUUAAUAAUAUAUAAUGUAUGGUGGUAUUCUAAGCUGGUA